UUUUCAGUUAGAGGGUCUCAAUAAAAAAUCCUCUCCAGAUUCGAAAAAAACCCAAAAGAAAGCUGCAGAAAAUCCUAACUAGGUUUUCCCUAAACCACGGAUGGUUUUAGAGGAGUGGAGGAAAGUAUGGAAAUAGCCACAGAUUCAGGUCCUAAAGAUCUGGAUCAUGAUGAUGAUCAGUUAUCAUCACCUCCAGUUCAUAUUGUAACAGAAGCAUCACAGCUUCCAGUUGAGUUCUUGGAGCCCUCCUCUGAAAACCAGCUGAUUAUUGGUUUUGAUUGUGAGGGAGUUGAUCUUUGUCGAAAUGGAAAACUCUGUAUUAUGCAGCUUGCCUUCCCAGAUGCCAUAUAUUUGGUUGAUGCUAUUGAAGGUGGGGAUACGCUUAUGACAGCCUGUAAGCCUGCACUUGAAUCUAGUUACAUCACAAAAGUCAUUCACGAUUGCAAACGAGAUAGCGAGGCAUUAUAUUUCCAAUAUGGCAUCAAGUUGAAUAAUGUGGUAGAUACCCAGAUAGCUUAUUCUCUGAUUGAAGAGCAAGAGGGGAAGGCGAGGACACCUGAUGACUACAUAUCAUUUGUAACCCUCCUUGCAGAUCCACGUUAUUGUGGCGUAUCGUAUCUUGAGAAGGAAGAAGUGCGAGUUCUAUUACGGAAGGAUCCUAAAUUUUGGAUAUACAGACCAUUUACCGAACAAAUGGUACGAGCUGCUGCUGAUGAUGUUCGCUUCCUUCUCCAUAUCUACCACAAGAUGAUGAAAAAUCUGAAUGAAAAAUCUCUGUGGCAUCUGUCAGUUCGGGGAGCACUAUACUGUCGGUGUUUCUGUGUUAAUGAUAAUGAGUGUGUAGAUUGGCCGCCUGUCCCUCCCAUUCCAGAUAAUACAUUCAAGGAAGGGGAUAUUCCUGAGGAAGAGAUUCUGUCUGUGUUGCAUGUUCCUCCUGGAAAAAUGGGACUUGUUAUUGGAAGAAGAGGGGCAACUAUCAUGUCAGUCAAAGAAUCUUGCAAUGCGGAAAUUCUCAUGGGAGGCUCUAAGGGGCCACCAGACAAGGUAUUCAUCAUUGGACCUGUGAGGCAAGUUAGGAAAGCAGAAGCCCUUCUAAGAGGGAGGAUGUUAGACAUACGUUGAUCAAGCUUGCCAUUUUUUUUGUUGGCAUUUCUUCCCUUACAUCUAACAUGAUUUUGAAACUAUAACAACAUACUACGGGUGUCCAAUGUGGCAUUUUCUUUUGUUACAAGUGUAUACAUAGUGGUGUGGGCUUUGCUGGUUGUAUCCCCAGAAAUUUUCCUUAUGAAAGUCCUAUGGGGCAUUCAGUGAGGUUAUUGCAGGUUGGAGUUUUUUUGUCAGAUCUCUUAACUUGUCACCUGUUUUAA